CACGCACGCCGUCCCUCCACAUCAACCCACAAAUUUCAUCACCUUGCCGGCGAAGCCCUCUGUUUGGCCGCCGGCGCUAUGAAGGUGGUGCUGAAGCUGGACCUGCACGACGACAGGCAGAAGCAGAAGGCGCUCAAGGCCGUCUCCGGUCUCCACGGUGCUCCUCUUCUCCCCUGCUUAUUCUCUCCAUUUGCGUCGUGCCUUGCUCUGCUUCGCCUCGCGUAAUCGUGGAGUGGAGGGAGCUGGCGGCCAUAAUUUUUAGUCCGUGCUGACGAUGAGUACUCGCUACGUGCCCAGGGAUCGACCUGAUGAGCGUGGACAUGAAGGACCAGAAGAUGACGGUGGUCGGCAGCAUGGACCCCGUCGACGUCGUCGCCAAGCUGCGCAAGUCCUUCCCCGGGGCGCACAUCGUCUCCGUCGGCCCGGCCAAGGAGGAGAAGAAGGACGACAAGAAGGACGGCGCCGGCGGGGACAAGAAAGACGGCGGCGGGGGCGACAAGGACAAGAAGGACGCGAGCAAGCAGGUGGUGUACGCGGCUCCCUACUGGUGCCCGCCGCCGCCGCAGCAGCAUCACCACCCGCACCCGUACUACUUCGUCCGCAGCGCCGAGGAGGACCCCAACUCCUGCGUCAUCUGCUGAUCCCCAUGGCCUUGUACAUUUCCAGCUGGCUUGCCCGCGUGCGGCUCACCGGCGAUCACCGGUCGCGAGCUGCUCCGGUGGUUGCUCCACUAGUCCACUCGUCAGCCUGCCUGCGGCAGCGGUCGCUAUAUGAUCCCUAGAUGUGCUUUGUCUUGUUUAUUUUUCUUGUAUAAGUACGCGCAUCUCUUGAGCUUAUGAUGUAGAGAGCAUAUAUAUGGAAUCAAAUAGC